GUGUGACAACAACAACUCAUCCACAGAGCGGAGCUGCACUUUUCAGCUCAUUUUCCUCCUGUCAUUCCUCCUCCUAUCUUUGAUCAUUGUCCCACCGCUCGGUCUCCCCCCUACCCCCGCUUCCCCCCCUCCCAAUAACGCCCUCACUCAGCACGCCUUUCGCGGCAGCUCUUUUCUACUUCCCAACUUAUCCGAGGAGCUAAACUCUCGUGGAUUCUUUUAUUUAGUGGCGUGUCGGCAGGCUGUUUUUUUCCCCCCUCCUCCACUUUGAACUUCGGCUACUCUCGUCCCCCUCCUCGUAGGUGACCAUGGCCGUGCCGGCUGCUCUGAUCCCACUAACUCCUCUGGUCUCGCUGCCUCCGAUCUCGACUCCCUCCCUGACGACGUCCCCGCCGACGACCACUUCGUCGCCGUCCCCGUCCAUGGCCCCGCAGUCCGCGCAGAACCUGUUCCGAUCGGAGCUGCUCGCCACCGGCAGCCCGGGCAUCCCGAACGCGGCUCUGCCGCCCGGCAAGCCCGUGUACUCGACCCCGUCGCCCGUCGAGAACAUACCGCAGAACAACGAGUGCAAGAUGGUCGAGUUGCGCGGGGCCAAAGUGGCCUCGUUCACCGUGGACGGCUGCGAGCUCAUCUGCCUGCCGCAGGCUUUCGACCUGUUCCUGAAGCACCUGGUCGGCGGACUGCACACGGUCUACACCAAGCUGAAGCGGCUGGAGAUCACGCCGGUGGUGUGCAAUGUGGAGCAGGUCCGCAUCCUCAGAGGGCUCGGCGCCAUCCAGCCCGGGGUGAACCGCUGUAAACUCAUCUCCAGAAAAGACUUCGAGACGCUGUACAACGACUGCACCAACGCGAGCUCCAGACCGGGCCGACCACCGAAGAGGAGCCAGAGUUUGACAUCGCCGGAGAACCCCCACAUCAUGCCCCACUCGGUCCCCGGCCUCAUGUCCCCCGGCAUGAUCCCACCCACAGGGCAGGAUUUUCACAGAGGUUUUGCAGGUGCAGCGGCUCAGCCCCAACAGACAUGUAGUGCGUGGUCUGUAAGUGCUCUGUCUCGUCUCUCCUGCCUCCUCUCCCCAGGCCUGACGGCGGCGGCGGCGGCAGCUGCCAACGCAGCCAUCGCGGAGGCCAUGAAGGUCAAGAAGAUCAAGCUGGAGGCGAUGAGCGGCUACCACGGCAACGCCAACCACCACGGGAUCGACGGAGAGAAUGGAGAGCUCGGCUCCAGCGUCGGCCUGGAACUCCCCUUCAUGAUGAUGCCGCACCCGCUGAUCCCGGUCAGCCUGCCCCCGGCCUCCGUCACCAUGGCGAUGAGCCAGAUGAACCACCUCAACACCAUCGCCAACAUGGCGGCCGCAGCACAGGGCCAGAGCCUGCCCUCCAGAAUGGUCACGUCCGUCAUAAAGGGGUUUCAGGAACGGGUGCCGGACAGUCCCUCCCCCGCUCCCUCCUUGGAAGACCACAGGAGGCCGGGCAGCCACCCGUCGUCCCACCGCAGCAGCAGCGUGUCCAGCUCGCCGGCCCACACGGAGAGCCCCUCAGACAGGAUACGUACGUUUGUCACACAGAUAAAUGCGAUUCACCACAACGGCCUGUCCAUGAACCACGCCCUGCUCGGCCUGUCCCCCAACAUGCCGCCCGGGCCCAAGGAGGGAGACCUGGCCCACGACAUGAGCCACGAAAUGAAGAGGAUGCACACCGACAAGGAGGACAACAUGAUGUGCACCCCGACAGCAAGAGACAGCUACGAGAGGUUGUCAUUGGCCGGCCAGGGCCUGCCCCCUGGCUUCCCCUCACCAUUCCUCUUCCCAGACGGCCUGUCGUCAAUAGAGACUCUCCUCACCAACAUACAGGGCCUGCUCAAAGUGGCUAUCGACAACGCGCGCGCUCAGGAGAAGCAGGUGCAGCUGGAGAAGACGGAGCUGAAGAUGGAGCUGUUCAGAGAGCGGGAGCUCAGGGAGACUCUGGAGAAGCAGCUCGUCAUGGAGCAGAAGAACAGAGCGAUCGUUCAGAAGCGCCUGAAGAAGGAGAAGAAGGCCAAGAGGAAACUCCACGAGGCCCUGGAGUACGAGUCCAAGAGGAGAGAGCAGGUGGAGCAGACUCUGAAGCAGCCCUCGCCCUCCGACAGCAUGCGGUCACUCAACGGUCAGACGCUGCACAACUCUCUGACCCCUGAGAUGGAGAGCGACCGCAGCAGUGGAAGAACAGAUGCUGAAAGGACAAUACAAGAUGGAAGACUGUUCCUGAAAACCACCGUGAUGUACUGAUAAGGGCCGCGAGGAGCUGGAGGAAAUGGAACAUUCGGAAAAAACACAAACAAAAGAAAAAAAGAAAAGAAAACCCGUGGAGAUUCUCGAGCCUCGUUCAGGCUGAUUUAGUGGAGGAAGGAAGUGGAGCUGCUUGAGAGGAGUUCAUCGGAACGCUGCGCGUCGGCAGAGCUGGCGUCUGAAUGUAGAGUAACGAGUCCUUUCCUCUCACGGAGGCCACCGGGAGAGCGUUGGGUGGAGCAGGUUCUGACGUAGCAGGUUGGACAACAUUGAGCACAGUAAAACAAAACAAAAGUAAAAAAAGAUGAAAAAAAAAAAAGAAUGUACCCGUGGUACACUGUUGGUAAUAACCCCGUUAAUUCACAGCACUGAAGAUUUUUUUAUACUGUAUCUCAGCCAGCGAGAAAAAGCUUCGAUAAAGAAAUUCGACCGAAGUGUUGUUUUUUUUGUAUUUUCAAAUUGAAAUGUUUUGUUCGAGUGGCGGCGCGUGGAGGUGAACCUUGGGAGGGCGAGCGAGAGAGAGAGCGAGGGAAAAAAAAUGUGAAUCUAUCCAUGUGUUCGUCGAAAGAGAAGACCGAUGUUUGAUUUUCAUGUUUUCUAAACUAGAUGACAAUACAAUCAAGUUUCCUUUUUACCAUCGUUGUACAUACAAGAUCUGAUGAUAAUGAUAGGAGAACUGCCUCUGUCGAACCCGAGUGGCCCGACAUGGUGUGUGUGUAUAUAACGUUUAAGAGGUAUUGUGUAUGCAGUAGAGCUAUUAGGCAAAACAAUACCAACAUUUAUAUAAACCAACCGUUUUGUUUUUCUUCUAUUUCUGAGCCAUCAUUCUUUCCUAUAGCUGCCAUUUUGGUGAGAAAGCAUGCAGGCAUGUCAAUGUUUGUCCUGGAAUUAUGAUAUUUAAUAAAUCCUAUAUUGUGCUGAACGAACACUGGGGUCGACUCACUCGAGACCCGGACCGAUUUUGAAAAACAUAAUUAUCAAACAUUUCACUUUCAAAAAGGAAGACUUUUGCUGUCGAUAGUACUGUAAUCUUUGUAACAGAGGUGAUAUUUCUUGGAAUUGACUGUACUUUUUGUUUUGUUUUUCUUCUUCUUCUUUUUUUUUUUUUUUGUUUGUCAUGAGACACACUCGAAAUCAGCACCUCGAAAGCUUUUUAAAACAAAAAAAAAAAUUCAUUCGUGACUGAAUGGGAUGCCGUUCGAUGAGACACUUUUCUUUCUCCCGUGUUCCACGAUGUCCCGGUGAGAGAGAGAGGGGAAGAAAGAACAUGCUAAGUUAUGAUAUUACUUUCCCCCGAAAGACUUUUGAAUUCCUGGUGCUGUGUAUAUUCCCCCAGGCAUCAGCUGGUGUCGGUCCUUUAACUGCAGUCCACCCUAUGUGUUACAAUCGGGAGAGGAGGCGUGUCCCAGGAGGCGUGUCCCGUGCUCACUAUCUGUUUGUUCCUUUUUUUCUUCUCAAUGGAGUGUCUAUAGGUCUGUUGUCACUGAUAACUUAUACAUAGCUUCUCGAAUCAUCUCUUCAUUGUACUUCAAAUUCAAAUAAAGUUAACAUGUUGAUGAUAAACCAUGUGAGUUAGACUGUGUGUUGCCCCCGCACCGCACUUCCUGUGUGGCGACGGCGG